AUGCACUGCACUAUGACGGGGCUAGCGGCCCUCCUUGGGUUCGCUGCCACUGCGGUGGCUCAGAGGGCCUCGACUUACAGCGAUCCCAACACGGGUAUUGACUUUCAGCGAUACUUGGCUGCCAGCUACGGCUACAGUUUCGGUAUUGCUCUCCCGGAGACUGUCGGUUCGGACUUUAUUGGUCAGAUGGUUGUUCCAGUCACGGAUGGAGAGGGAUGGGGUGCUGUCUCACUCAAGGGAGGCAUGUUGAACAGCCUCCUCUUCAUUGCCUGGGCCGACGGCGAGGAUAUCCAGACCACGUUCCGACUUGCAGGAUCGUAUGCCAACCCCGACGUCUACACAGACACUGAAGUCAGCGCCGUGCCCAUCGCCAACGGCACCUUCAUCAACAGCACGCACAUCUCGUACACCUUCCUUUGCGAGGGCUGCGUUAUUGCCAACAAGACCACCGUCGCCAACGACUCUCCCAUUCUCGGAUGGGCCAUCUCCGAUACCAACCCCACGACCGCCUCGGACUCUGCCAGCGCUUUGAGUUACCACGCUGCGGGCUUCGGCCAGUUCGGUGUUGAUGCCGCUGCGGCCAAGUCUGCCAAGUACGAGGAGUGGGCUGCGUGGGCUUCUGCUACGACUCCUGGAACUGGCGAUGGAUCCGACACUACCGUCCCUGGAAACAGCACGUUCCCGGCGCCGACUACAUACAACGUCACCUACGAUGUCAUCGUCGUCGGCGGUGGCCCUGCUGGCAUCAUCGCCGCCGAGCGGAUUGCCGAGAAGGGCGCCAGCGUUCUCCUGAUCGAGCGAGGCCCCGCCAACACUGUUGCUCUGAGCUCAUCCCAAGCUCUUCCCUGGAACGACACCCUGACACCCUAUGAUAUCCCUGCCCUCGGUAGCAGCAUGACCAGUCUCUCCGGCACCAAGUUCUGCAGCGACACUGCGUCCACCGCCGGCUGUCUCCUGGGAGGAUCCAGCUCCAUCAACGGCCUCAACUUCAUCCACCCUCCGGAGCACGACUGGCAGCGGUGGCCCAAGGGCUGGAACGCUGCUGAUGUUGCCGAUGCCACUGCCCGUCUGUACGAGCGCAACCGCGGCACCACGGCACCUUCUGACGAUGGCAAGUACUACGACGACCACACCUACAAGGUCCUGUCCAAAUACCUCAACACCGAGGGAUGGGCCGAGGUUGACUCUAUCGAGACUCCCAACGAGAAGCACAUGGUCUACUCGCGUCCCUCGUGGUCAAUCAAGGACAACCUGCGUGCUGGACCUGCUCGCACCUACAUGCCGUUCGCCAAGCAGCUGCCCAACUUCACCCUGAAGCUCAACACCAAGGUCCUCCAAGCCGUCCGCACUGGCAGCACCAUCACCGGUGUCCUCACCGUCGCCGAUGAUGGCAGCCGACAGAUCAUCAACGUCAAGGCCGGCGGCAAAGUUGUCAUCGCCGCUGGCGCCAUGUCGUCGCCCCGCCUUCUCUGGAACUCUGGAAUCGGCCGAUCCGAUGCCCUCGCCAUUGUCAAGAGCGGAGCAUCCCUGACCGGCGUGACUCUUCCCGCCGAGUCCAGCUGGAUCGACCUCCCCGUCGGCCACCACCUGCAGGAUCACGUCCAGGUCAAGCUGCAGUUCAACGCCAAGUCCAACUUCAGCGCGUACGACUUCACAGACAUCGCCACUGAGCCCGUUGAGUCUGAUCUCGACCUCUACUACCAGGGCUCCGGUCCCAUCACUCAGGCUGCGCAGCGUAUGCACCUGUGGACCUCAGCUGAGGGCGCCGACGGCCGCACACGUUACCUCCAGGGCACCGCCAGCGCCAUGGCAUCCGGUGUCAUCACUGUGCGCACUUUCUUGACUCACGGCACCAAGACGGUCGGCGAGCUGGGUAUCACCGCUUCCGGAAACACCGUCCUCAACACCAAGCCGUGGUUGAUUGACGAGGACGACCGCAAGGCCAUGUCUGACUUUGUCCAGUGGUGGGUCGACCUCACCAGCGGUAGCAACUCUACCCUGUCAUAUGUCACCCCCGGUGCUACGCCUGCGGAAAUCAUCUCGGCCAACAUGAUUAGCGGAGACCACUGGGUCGGAAGCGCCAGAAUGGGUGUCGACGAUGGCCGAAAUGCCAACGGCUCCAGCGUUGUUGAUCUGAACACUAAGGUGUACGGCACCGACAACUUGUUUGUUGUCGAUGCCUCUAUCCACCCUGACCUGCCCACCGGCAACACCCAGUCCAUCAUCAUGAUUACUGCCGAGCACGCCGCCGAGAAGAUUGCUGCUUUCAAGGUCGGCGGCUCUAGCAACUCAACUGCGCCCCUCACUUCUCGGUGCGGUACCGAGCUUACGAGACGCGCAGCUAGAGUUCCCAAGAGCUACCGACGGAGACACUUGUACUAG